AUGAGUUUCAAACGUGAAACUCAAAUGACACUUAAUUUUCAAUCUCCUAAUACAAAACAAUCUAAUCUAAAAGAUUAUGUUAAAGAUCCAAUUCGUAAAAAUCUGAUUGAAUUAAGUAAACAUAAGAACUAUGAUGAUAAUAUGGCUCAUGGUUUUGUUACUGUUAAUAUUAGACAUGAACCAAAAAUCGAGAAAAAAUUAAAUCAUGAAUCAGAAAAAGAAGAAAUAUCGAGUAUGGAAACAAUUAGAAUUCAAAAUGAACCAUUAACAACAAUUAAUGAAGAACAGGAGUCAUCUUCAUCAAAAUCUACAAAUCAUUUAUUUGAAGAUCAACCAUUUAGUGUAGGCACAUGUUAUUUUUGUAGUAAAACAAUUUGGAUGAAAUCUGCUCGACAAUGUCGAACUUGUUUAGUAACAGUACAUAAAAAAUGUGAAUAUAAAUAUAAUCGUGAAAGUAUCUGUACACAAGAAUCUAUUCGUUCAAAGUCCGCAAUUCUUGAAGAAAAUCAGUUAAUUGAUGAUAGUGAUUUAACUUCAAAUAUAGAUCAAACAAGAGAAAAACGCUCGUUAACUAGUUCACUAAUAGAUACACAUUCUCCAGUUGAUACAUUAAUACGUCAUUCCGGACGCAUAUUUGGAAAUAAAUCUCCUAAUCGACCAUCAACUAUCCCAGGAUUAUUAAAACAUGAUGAAUUCGAUAAUUCUCAUACAGGAAAACGGUCCGUAUCAAAUCCGUCAUCUUCAAAAUUAGUUAAUGCUGCUUCAUCAGCUUAUAAUAAAUUACUUGAUUUUAAAACAAAACGAUCAACAUUGGAAUCAAAAAAACCACGAUCAUCAUCAGUAAUUGAAAAUAUUUCCGAAGAUGAUUUACAAGAUAUUAUAAAAAAAUGUUUAAGCGAAGAAAAUGUUGAUAUGACAAGUCUUGAAAAUUUAUUUCAUGAAAAAGCUGUUGAUCGUACAGCACUUUAUGCAAAAGUAAAUAAGUUUGGAUCCGAAUUAUUUCUUGAUUUGCCAUUAGAAGAACGAAAACAAAAACUUGAAAAUGAAAUUUCUCGUGUACAACAUGAAAUUGAAUUACAAAAUCGAAUUCGUGAUGAAUUAAUUCUUGAAUAUAAUGAUCAUUCAACAGAUGAAAAUAGAAAAAAGAAAAUUGUAGCAGCAAUUAUGAAAGUUGAUGAAAAAGUCCAAGCAUUUGGCGCAUUAACACUUCUUUAUUGUACAGGUUUUAAACAUUGUUGUUCGCCAAUUGAAAUGACUGAUAUUGAACAAAAAAGUUUAAUAUCAGAAAAAACUGAUUAUCAUGUUGAACAAGCUCGAAAACAAAUCAAAGAUUGGCUUAAUAAACCAAUGCGUGUAUCAAUAAUUGAUGGACGUGUUCUUGUCGGUGUUUUAUUAUGUACAGAUCGUGAUCAAAAUCUUAUCUUAGGAAAUUGUAAUGAAUAUAUUGGUUCACCAAGUGAACAAGAAGAAUUUCGUGUACUUGGUCUUGCACUUAUACCUGGUCAACAUAUUCAAUCAAUAUAUAUUGAAGAAGGACCUUCAUCUAUAUUAUCAUAUUCAAAUUCAUCUCAUACAUCAAUAACAACAACAAAUGAUCAUAUAUUAGAUGAUGAUAAAAGUGAUGGUUAA